CUGGGUCGAGGUAUUCAAAGAAAGAUUACUGAAGGAGUCGUAAAGAGAGAAGAUGUUUUCAUAACAGAUAAGCUUUGGAACGACGCACACGCACGCGAUGCUGUGGUGCCUGCUUUGCGGAGGUCUUUAGAAAAGCUUUCUAUGGAUUAUGUGGACCUAUACCUCAUACACUUCCCUGUCGGACAAUUCGAAAACGGGACAUAUGACCUUACCGACUAUCUAGAGACUUGGGAAGGCAUGAUCGAAGCUAAGCAGCUAGGCCUCGCUAAAUCUAUAGGAGUUUCAAAUUUUAAUCCGCAUAUGAUAGAGAGGAUUGUUAAAAAUUCACGCGUUAAACCGGCGGUGGCGCAGUUUGAGCUAAAUUUGCAAAUACAGCAGCCUUCUCUGCUGAAGUAUUGCCGUGAGAAUGAUAUAGCUGUAAUGGCUUAUUCUCCUUCUGGAUCCCUUUUCCACCACAUAGCAUUGCCAGGCGCACCGCCGCCGCGUGUCGAGGACCCCGUCCUCAAGCAGAUAGCUGACAACCACAACAAGACGGUGCCGCAAAUCGUUUGGAGACAUCUGAUCGAACUUGGAGCCAUUCCCAUUCCAAAAUCGAUAACCAAGUCAAGAAUAGAAGAAAACAUUGACGUGUUUGAUUUCAAACUGUCGCGCGAGGAGAGUGUGUUUUUAGGCGGCUACGAUGUAAACUAUGGAACCGGAAAGUUGUGGUCCGACUCACCUUAUUAUCUGACAAGAAAAUUAUAUUUUUAA